GAAAAAUACUAUAGUGCGCAACAAUGAAACUCGCUACGUUUUUAGUGCUUAUUUUAAUAACAACACAGGUUGACUUAACAAUAUACAAUUUUCGCAGUUGCAUCAAAUGCAUAUGCCACUCCGUGAGUUUGUGCUACCUCAUGAAGAAUUGUGCGAAGUUCUCAAUAACAUUUGAUUAUUGGAGGGCUGCAGAUUCUCCACAUAUCGGUGCACACACAACCGAUAGAGAAGCUUUCGAAUUAUGCCAAAACAAUGACGACUGUAUCUACGAAACCAUUGAAAAUUAUAUAAUUAAUGUUGGACAACACGAUUGCAAUUGUGAUGGAGUAAUUGACUGCAAUGAUUUUCUAUUUCUGCAUUACGGUAAAUGCAGAAAUCCCAGCGAUAUACCCAAUUUCGAAUUAAAGAAAAAAUAUUACAUGGAAUGUAUGCAGAUAAAACAACCAAUCAUGUAUUGUGACGCAGAAGAAAUUUAAACGAUAAAUAUGUUACACGUAA